AUGUCAGACUACGAAGAUGAGAUGGACGUUGAUGCGCCCUCCAAUGACGUGCAAUUCUCUUCUGAAAAUGCCAAUGGGAAGAAGAGGACGGCAGCCGAUCUUCCUGUCGAAGCUCUUGACAAUCUACCAUGGGUCGAGAAAUAUCGUCCAGAUACUCUAGCUGAUGUCUCCGGCCAUCAAGACAUUCUUGCAACCAUCAACCGAUUCGUUGAAGCUAAUACAUCAACGGUCCUGGCGCUGGCUCGGCGGAUAUACGGCAGCAAGAAUAUGAGACAGAUGGUGCUCGAACUGAACGCCAGUGAUGACCGUGGCAUUGAUGUCGUGCGAGAACAGAUUAAGACUUUUGCCAGCACAAAACAGAUCUUCUCCAUGGCUCCGCAAGCCGCCAGUAAUGAAAACCUCGCUGGGUUCAAGUUGAUCAUUCUCGACGAGGCAGAUGCCAUGACAUCCACAGCUCAAAUGGCUCUCCGCCGGAUUAUGGAGCGCUACACAGCCAACGCGCGGUUUUGCAUCAUCGCCAACUACACACACAAGCUUGCGCCGGCUUUGUUGUCACGGUGUACCCGAUUCCGAUUUAGUCCUCUCAAGGAGCAAGACAUCCGGGUACUCGUGGAUAAAGUCAUCGAACAGGAGCAAGUUCAGAUUCAACCCGAAGCUAUUGAUAGUCUAGUGAAAUUGAGCAAAGGUGACAUGCGCCGAGCGCUCAACGUUCUUCAAGCCUGUCACGCAAGCAGUCAACCACUACCGCUGAGGAAUGCACCAAAAGCUCCUCUUCCCGAACCUGAGACUAUCACCAACGCCACUAUUUACGACUGCAUUGCGGCCCCACAUCCAGCCGACAUCCAAGAAAUCAUGACCACCAUUCUCUCUACUAGCGAUGUUACUUCCUGUCUAAACACCGUCAACACACUCAAGGCCACAAAGGGUCUAGCCCUAGCAGAUAUCUUAUCCGCUCUAGCAGAUCAAUUGCAGCAGCUCGAAGUACCAGCUCAGACCCGUAUCACCUGGCUAGAAGGCUUAGCUGAGAUUGAAUGGCGGCUGUCGGGAGGCGGUUCAGAGGCUGUGCAGACUGGAGGGCUAGUUGGUGUCGUGCGUAAUGGCUGUGAGUUGAUGGAGAAUAAGGUUGUAUCAUGA